UAUUUUAACACUAGUUUCACUUUCUUAUACAAUUAUUGUUUUAGUUAAUCUUUCUAUGUUCUUUCUUUCCACUGUCGGAUAUCAAAGCUGCAGAUCUAGGAGACGGUCAUCAUGCAGAUUUUUGUUAAAACACUCACAGGGAAAACCAUCACCCUUGAGGUAGAGGGAUCCGAUACUAUCGAAAAUGUCAAAGCUAAAAUUCAAGAUAAAGAAGGAAUUCCUCCAGACCAACAACGAUUGAUUUUCGCUGGCAAGCAGUUGGAGGAUGGUAGAACUUUAUCAGAUUACAAUAUUCAAAAAGAAUCUACUUUGCACUUGGUUUUGCGUUUACGAGGAGGAGCAAAAAAACGUAAGAAGAAGAAUUAUUCGACUCCUAAAAAAAUCAAGCACAAGAAGAAGAAAGUCAAGCUUGCUGUGCUCAAAUUCUACAAGGUCGAUGAGAAUGGAAAGAUCCAUCGUCUAAGACGAGAAUGCCCUAGUGAGCAAUGUGGGGCUGGCGUUUUCAUGGCAGCAAUGGAAGAUCGUCAUUAUUGCGGUAAAUGUGGAUACACGCUUGUAUUUAAUAAACCAGAAGAUAAAUAAAUGAGAAAUAUGUAAACAGUUUAUUUAAUGGAAUAAACUUUUUAAAUACUGUA